AAAAUUAAGGAGCAACAUAGCCCUGCAACAGCGUGAUUAGUCUGGAGGCAGCCAAACUAACAGGUUUAUUUUACUUUGCUAGAGGCACGUUUUCCUCUAAUUACUGCAAACACUCACAUGGAAAGUGCUUUCUCCUGACUCUGCUGCAGAAAACCGUGACUCACAUCGCAUGUAACAGGCUGCAGUCAAGAAAGAGAGUCAUUUUUUCCGACGACUUCAGGGAGCAGAGGAGAGCCACAGCUCACACACCCUUUCUUCUUCGCUGGAGUUUUCUUUGUAGGACAGUUUGGAGAUGCUCCAGGGGGCAGUAAGCUGGGCCGUGCUCUGCCUGUGCUGCUUCCUCCUGCUGGGUGAUGUGGGGGCAAGAGCAGCAGGGCCCCCUCCUCCUUUUCUCCCAGAGCAAGAGACUGGGAAGCCAGACCUGGGGGACUGGGAGUGGGGAUCUGGAUCAUCUCUUCUGCACCUUCUCCACAGCUUUCCUGCUGACAGUCCCUUUGUAACAGAGACCCCAGAAAAACCAGUGAACUGCUCCCAGCGCUUCUGGCUGCCCCCGUCCUCUGCCAUCUGUUGGGAGAACAUCGCUGGGCCUGAGGAGUUCGCCAGGUCCCGUCUUCUGGUUCUCCAGAAUAGAGCCGCUCUGCAGGCUGUUUCCACCUCCAGUGGGAUGGAGGAUGGAGGGUUCUCAUAUGAACACCAAGCUAGAGAGGAGGUCCAGGGGAUCCAGUCAGACCACAAGAGUACAGUGGAAACUAUGCAGACCAUGGAGAAGGUGUUUGUCUCUUUGGAGGAGAAGAGGAAGGAGGGGAAGGAGCAAGGGGUCCUUAGCAGCUUGAAGAGAAAUCUGGCAGACACAAGUAAUGCCAUUGAUGGAAAAGAUCACACAGCAAGUAUCCUGGAGGAUAACUUUUCUACUUUAGAGAAGAAUCUGAUCAGCAUGCAACUUCGACUCAACAAACUGAUCCAACAGUGACAAAGACGAGGACCUUUUGCCUUCUUUUUACUUCUCUUAUUUGUACUGUAUUUAUAUAUUCAUGUAGCAAAUGCAUGCAUACUCAGGAUUAUGCUACUCUGUAGAAGAAAUGCACUAUUUGUCCUCAGUACACCUUCAGAAUUACAAUUAUGUUCAAAUAAAAACAGCCCCUUCUUGCUACUUUUUCA